AUGAACGGGGAAACUGGCCAACAACCUGUGCAGUCAUAUCGGGCAGGUGGUUUGGGAAAUGAUGGUUGGAGAACCAGCUGUGUACUGCACAUGUGCACGAAAAUAUUUAAAGGUACUGGGAACGGGGAAAUUGGCCAACCACCUAUGCGGUCAAAUCGGGCAAGUACACGCAAACAUCUAAAGCCGACUGUAAACGGGAAACUGGCCAACAACCUGUGUAGUCAUAAUAGGCAGGUGGCUUGGGAAAUCAUGGAAACUUGGAACAGGGAAAUUGGCCAAAGACUUGUGCGGUCAAAUCGGGCAGGUACACGCAAAUAUGUAAAGUCGACUGGGAACGGGGAAAGUGGCCAACAACCUGUGAGAUCAUAUCGGGCAGGUGGCUGGGAAAAUCAUUGUAGAACACCAGUGUACUAA